ACAGGAGAAAUACCUUCUAAAGGAGAGUAAUAUUGUAUAAUAAGCAUUCGGUCGAUUCAAUUCUUAUUUAGUACGUGUGUUUAUGCUACAUCUUAAUAUUUAAUUAUAUUACCAUGUUUGGAUUAACACAUGUUUAUGAUGUAAGCGACUACAUACAGAUUUCAAUAUGGCGCUGUCCAUGCCACGUCGGAGAGAUAAGGUUUGAGUCAACAUAAUCCAGUUGCUUUACCAAAUCUGAAUACGAUUAUUUAAACCAGUCUUCUGCAAAAGUAAAAACAUGGCACAGAGGUGAACUCUAACUCUCAGCCUGUGUAAAUAAUUUCCACCAGCUUGUACAAAGAAGGAGAGAAGAAUUCCUGUAAAAUUGCAUCUGACCAAUUUGAAUAUUAGUGGAAAGCUCCUAUUAUACUAUCAGAUAAACCACAAAAUGUUUUGGAAAACAUCCAGCACAGUAGCACUGUGCUCUGCAGCAAACUUUAUCAAUGCAGCAGACAGGGUCAUUAUGCCUAUUGCCAUCAUACAAAUGACCGAUGAAUUCAAGUGGGAUCUCCAUGGUCAGGGAUGGGUUCUAAGCUCCUUUGCAAUAGGUUACAUGAGUAGUCAGGUGAUAGGAGGUAGUGCAGCUAAGAAAUAUGGUGGCAAAUACAUGCUUGCACUAGCUGUGUUCAUGUGGUCCCUGUCAACACUUCUCACACCACUUUUUGCUCACUCUUUUUAUGCCCUUUUUCUGUCUAGAGUUGUAUUGGGCAUAGGAGAAGGAAUAGGUCUCCCUACAGUUUUCCAUAUAUUUGCUCACACCAUCCAUCAAGAUGAAAGGUCACGGGCAUUUGGUUAUCUUGUAGCACUUGGUUCUAUAGGACAAACAAUAGCAGCAAUAGUAUGUCCACAUUUGCCCUGGAGAUACAUGUUUUACUUGUUUGGCUCAUUAGGCUUUGUAUGGGUUGCACUAUGGUUAGUUCUUUAUAAGGAAAUGAGGGGACCAGAUGAAGAGGAAUUUGUGGACCCACCUAAGGUGACAAGUUCCAAUGUUAUGUGGACGGAAUUUAUUAGCCAUUGGCCUCUUUGGUCACUGUAUAUAGCUCACUUUAGCAUGAAUUGGGCAAAUUAUAUUAUAAUGCAGUGGUUGCCUACAUAUAUGACACGGACGUUGGGAGCAGCUAGUAGUGACAUAAUGUAUACUGCAGUGCCAUAUAUAAUGAAUUCCAUAGUUGGGGUUGCUGCAGGUCAUUUUGCUGAUUCUCUUAUUGCCAAAAAAUGGACCAUAUUAUCAGUGCGGCGUCUGAUGACUUGUUUAGGGCUAUUGGGUCCAGGGUUAUUCUUACUCCUCUUUAGUGCUGUAUAUAAUGUGCCUUUGGCCAUCAUAUUUAUCUCCAUUUCUAUGUCAUUAAGUGCAUGUAAUUCAUCAGGCCACUUAAGCAAUCACGCAGAGGUGGCACCCAACCACGCAGGGAUCACAUUUGCUAUAUCUAAUACUCUUGCAACAAUCCCUGGCAUUUUAUGUGGACCUCUGACAGCAGAACUGGUAACACAGUCACAUGGACGAUGGUUCCCUGUCUUCAUUUUGGCAGCACUCAUCAACUUUGUAGGGGCAAUCAUUUACCAGAGUCAGAGUUCUUCAAGUCAAGUCAUAUGACCCUUUUUUAAACAAUGGUUCACAUUGUAAAGAAAAAAAAAAACAGUAUUUUAGCUAUCCUUCCAAGAAGCACUCAUUAAAUGUGUGGGGCAAUCAUUUACCAGUUCUCUAAUCAAAUGAUACAUGUAUAAUGUUCAUUAUGAAAAGAGUCAACAUGUUCUUUGGGGGCAUUGCAGAGCUGUAACUAUGAAUUUGCCACUUAAUAUACAUGCUGUAAAAAUAUUAAUAUACUGGCUUAAAGUAGAGUUCAAAGCGUUAUGGUUACCCUAGAUAUAUUGCAAGUAAAUGUUAUCAAGUAAUAUAGCACAGGCCUCACAACAUACUUUCAGAAUGCCAAAGACAAACGGAACUGCCUGAUGUAUUGAAAAUAUUGGACCACAUAUAUUGAUAUGUUACAUAUUUACUUGAAUAUGAUAUCGUUGAUACUAAGAAAUCUACAAUACAGAAUUGGAAAGCACUGUAUUGUGCAGUAAAGUUUCUAAAUCACUAUAAUUACAUGCAUGUACUGAGUAUGUAUAUAGAACAGUAAUCUCAGCAAAAGGGAUGAAAAUGGUCACUUUUGAAUCUGUGAUUUUAUGUAUAUGGGAGGUUUUUCAUAUAAUUGAGGUGGUCAAGGCAUAAAAGUAUCAGUAAAUUGUGCAAAUGGAAGUUUAUAAUAUUAGUGCAGAAGAAUUAUUUCUGAUAUUUAACUUGCUCUGAACAUUGUUGUGGCAAAUGCUUUAUCAGCACAGCACUUGUUUAUUCUUUUUAUUAUUAAGUUUUGAUGCACCAUUGGUGUUAUUGAAGUAAGGAAUAAUAAUAAAAUAGGUGGCUAAUACAUGGGGUUUAUAUUAGUACUUUUCUACUAAUUAGAUUGCUAAACCAAAAUAUAUUUUGAUGACAUAGGCUGAAUAUUUUUAUGAAAAGGUGCUUGGUUUUAGGUCUGUACAUUUCAGCAUAUUAAGCUGCAGGAGACUUGAACCAAAUUAGAAAAAAUUGUCUGCUCAUAUCAGCAAUAUGUAGUGUGCUGAUCGUGUACAAUGCUAUUUGACUUUAAAGACAUGGAUUAUCAAUGUAUCAAAAUGGGCACAGUAUAAAGUGACUGUAUCCUUUUGAAUGUGCCAGAGUUUUUAUGUUUAAUUAGCAUUUUUGAUAACCCAUUUGUCACUAUGGAGGCAGAAGAACAUCUCUUAUUUCAAUGAUAAUUAGAUUUUUAAGUGAAAAAAUAAAUGUUUCUUUUAUAUUACUUUUUGAUCAUGCUUUUCCCUUGCAGAAAUGCCUACACACUUACAUGAUUAACUAUAUUUAUGAAAAGUAAUAUCACAAACAUGAAAGAAAUCUAAAACAUUCAGAUUUUAUUGAUAAACAUUUAUGUUCUAUGUAUUUUCAGGAAGGUAUGAUGGAUUUGUUCACAUUCAGUUUAGCGUGCCUUGAAGGUAUCGGUGUGGGUCUGUUAAAAAAUCUUUCUUGGUGAUACUAUAUGCCACAGUAGAGUGACUAAAAUGCUGUCCUAGUAACUACUUGUUUAGUAGACUUUCUUAUUUUAUUACAAACUGUAUGUAGCUUGGACAUGUAGUUUAUUUGUGUUGUUCUCAGAGGCAAAGAAAAUCAAUGACUGCUAUUUUUUUAAAGAAAGAAGGAGUAAAUUUGUAUUUCAGAUGAAUUUGUAUGUAACUAGACUGUGAUGGUGUGUAUAUGAUAUUGUAGGUACAAUCAGUGACUGGGCGUUUGUGGCAGAAAUACUGGUUAUGCUGAAUUUAUACACUUUUUCAUGAAUAAUGUGAUCAUGAGUUUUGAACAAAAAAUGUACCUAUGGAAUGUACAUAUCGAACAUCAAAUAGCGCAUGUAUACUUGUUUUGAAUACCUGCUAUUUUAAGGAGGGUACUUGUGGUGCUAAACAGCAUUGGUGUUAAACUGUUGUACAGAUUUUUGUAUAAAACAGACCUUAAAUGAAGAACAUUUAUUGUUGUUGAUUGACAAAUCAGCUGAUUCCCAUCUCUCCCAAACGAGGAAGUAAGCUCUAUGUGUGUGAAAAAGAAACUUAGUUCUACUAUUCUUUCUAUUAAAGCCUUAAAUCCUGUUAACUUAUGACUGGGAAGUUGACUGAUUAAAAACAAGUGAUUCAUUUUUUUUUAUUUUUCCUUUCUAUAUCGAAAUGAAAAGUUGAAUCAUACCUGUUGAAAUUUAU